GAGGAGGAAGAGCAGCAGGACAAUCUCAGGAGAUAAUGAAAGACGAGCAGAGCUGCUAGAAGACGACAAGAACAAGAAGAUUGUCCGAGGAACAAAAUAUCAUUUACAUUUAAAAAACAAAAAAAAGGUUCGCGGAGGUUCGGAUGGUGUGCACGAGAUGCCCAGGACGCGCAGCAGCAGCAGCCGUGGACGCGCACCGAGAGGCGCGCAGUGACGGCACAGAGAAGGGUCCGGCGGGAAGGAAGUGUCAGCUGGUCCAAUCGGCGCCGAGGAAGUACUUAAGGCGGCGACAUCAUUAAUUGGACGGCGGCUGAUCAAUCGAUAGAUCGAUACCUGGACGCUGCGGGAUGGACGGGAGUCUGGGAGAGAUGUCGGCGCACGCUCACUCGGACCUCUCGGCCGCCUUCCCCCGGCCCCACCUGGGCGGCCCCCCGCUGGAGCCCGAGCACCGGGCGCCCGCCUUCGAGCACUCCAUGUCGGCGCUGGGCUACAGCGGCGACUCGCCGUCGGGGUCCGGCAGCACGUACACCACGCUGACCCCCCUGCAGCCCUUCGACGACAAGUUCCACCACCACCACCACCACCACCACCCCUGCCUGCCCGUCAGCAACGUCAUCGGCAGCUUCACGCUCAUGCGGGAGGAGCGAGGGGGUCUGGGUGCCAACUUCUACAACCCCUACGGCAAAGACCUCGCCAUGGCCCAGAGCCUCACGCCGCCCUCCGCCGCCCCGGGCCUGGGCUCGCCCAUGCACGGCUACGGAGGCCUGGCCACCGGUUCCAAUGGCGGCGGCGGCGGCGGCGGGCAGAUGCUCCACGGCGGCUACGACGUCCACGGGGGCAGCCUCUUCUGCAGGACGUCCGACUUCGGCCGCGAGAUGUCCCCGCCGGGCCUGGGCGGCGCCGACAUGUCCGUGGGCCACCAGCUGAACAAGAUGGACGCCCAGCAGCACACGGUGGGCCACCACCCUCACAUCUACAGCCAGCACUACCAGGCCCACCACCACAGCCAGCAGGCCUCCAAGAUGGCCGACCACCUGCACUCGCUCUCCUCCGCCGCGUCCUCGCCAGGCGACAUGGCCGGGUCCCAGGGCGGCGGCGAGGAGAUCAACACGCGCGACGUGGCCCAGAGGAUCAUCACGGAGCUGAAGAGGUACAGCAUCCCGCAGGCCAUCUUCGCCGAGCGUGUCCUGUGCCGCUCGCAAGGAACGCUCUCCGACCUCCUGAGGAACCCAAAACCUUGGGCCAAGCUCAAGUCGGGCCGGGAGACCUUCAAGAGGAUGUCCCGCUGGCUGCAGGAACCCGAAUUCCAGAGGAUGGCUUCGCUACGCCUGGAGGCCUGCAAGCGGAAGGAGCAGGAGCAGAGCAAGCUGGAGCGGAACCAGGGCCCCAAGCGCACCCGGCUGGUGUUCACCGACCUCCAGCGCCGCACGCUCAUGGCCAUCUUCCGGGAGAACCACCGGCCCACCAAGGACCUGCAGGUGACCAUCUCUCAGCAGCUGGGCCUGGAGCUGUCCACCGUCAGCAACUUCUUCAUGAACGCCCGCCGCCGCAACCUCAACAAGUGGGCCGACGAGGGCCGCCCCUCCUCCACGGGGUCCUCGGGCUCCAGCGCCUCGUCCUCGGCGGUGUCCUGCAGCACGGCGUGAUGGCGGGCGGGGUCGGGGGCGGGGAGGGGGCGCCGGACGGGUCUGAGGCGGAGACCGGCCCGUAUG